AAACGUACCCACUCGACUGAUAAGCAGGUGGUAUUGGUGGUACACUGAUAUCGGAUACCGAAAUGCGGUUACGAGUAUCGGCCACCAGUCAGAAUCAAUUCAACCGCUUUAUCCGACGGAAGGAACUGCGUCUGUCCUGCCUAGAGAGGAGCUAUCGAACCAACCGCAGAAUCGAGGUUACGCUACAGGUGUCGCAAUAACAAGUGACCAUCGUGGUGCAUCGCUAUCGUACGCAGCUAUCCCACGCUUCAAAAUGGUUUCCGCGGAAACAAUCGGUUCCAUUUUUAUAAAAGUGUUCAAAGUGGUCAUCAACAUUGUAGUGCUGAUCAUUUACCGAACAGGCUAUGGAGGAGAUUUCCUCGGUAUUGGUGGCACUUGGAACCUGAAUGAAGAGAAAAGUCCCGAUGCGGAAAUCGUCGCUUCCGGUGUGUUCGUGGGUUUCAUCAUCUAUACCGGGGUGCAGCUGCUGACGUUUGGUUUCGGCACCACCAAACACAAGUACGAGCUUUCCGACACGAUCAUGAAUGUGGUCGGUACGUUCAUGUGGGUAGCUGUCGGUGGUACUGCUCUACACUACUGGCACGGUUACCUGGCUGAACACGACUUCGAGAACAUCACUUCCGAGCGAACGGCUGGACUGGCAUUAGGCGCACUGUGUGUUAUCAACGGAGCCCUCUAUUUGGCAGAUUCUGUGCUUGCCUUCAUUCACUACACUAAAUACGCCUAAGUUAAGAUGCACCUUAAGUGAACAUUGCUGACAUUGUUUAGAAUGUAGUGUGAGUAUGAUUAGCGAGACUAAGGUACUAAUUUUAGGUACUCCGUAAUUUUCAACACUGGUUACUGUAACUGAAGUUUUGUUUUUACGGAGGUACAUAUGUAUGUUUUAAGAAACGUGUUUUUGUUUUAAUACAGCUCUAUGCUUCUCCCCUAUUGUACGUUCUUUUAAACACACUUGUCGAAUUUGCGAAAUCGACAACAAGCCUUAUCAAACGUUGUUAAAGUUCUUGCUACCAUCAACCAAACAAAUAAAGAGGUAAAAACUUACCAUCGAAACUCAUCAUCACUAA